UUUUUUUGUGAUUCGUUGUUUUGACAAUGAAUACGUCUUUGUUGUUGUUGUUGUUUUUUUUUUGUCAUAAAGAUUGAGCCAACAAAUAAAGAAAGCGAUUUUGUCACUGUAAACGGUGAUUGGUCCGUAUACAAGUUCAUCAAUUUAUUGUCAUGUUGUUGCUGUUGUUGUUUACAUGGUCAUAAAUUUUCUGCUCUUCAUUGCUCAAAAUAAACAACGUAUUUGGAACGUUUUUAGUGUUUUUACUUGACGUUUGUGUUUUCGAUUUUAAUUUCGAAAAUUCAAAAAUUUUGUCAUCGUUUUUUUUUGGUUGUUUCUGAUCAAUCUGUAAUAUGUCAUCAUCGAUCUGGCCACUAAUUAGAUCGUUAUCCAAAUGGAUGAUGAUUUUGACCACAAUUUUAAUAAUCACGAUUUCAUCAAAAAUCAAUUCACUUCAUUUGAAUGGUGUUACUUUAGUGCCAAAUCAUCCACGUUCAGAUAUAUAUGAAAGUUUUUUUCAUGAAUUAAUAACCGAAAUAAGUGAUGUUGGCCAAUUUAGCUAUCAAUUACGAACAUUGCCUGAAGCAAUUUAUGGUGGUGAAAUCGGUGAAACUAUACCACAAGGAUUGAUUGGUGAAAUCUAUGAGAAUAAUGCUGAUUUUAUCAUUGCCGAUAUGGAAAUAACAUCGGAACGGAAAAAAUUUGUUCAAUUUACACGACCAUUUAUGCGUUCCAAAUUGGCCGUAUUGAUACGAAAAUCAUCAUCAUCAUUAUUAAAUAAUAAUAGCCAUGGCCAUAAUAAUAAUACGGACGAUUUACGUGAAAUAUUACAACGUAGUAAACGUAUCGUAAUCAAAGGAUCAAUGGCUGAUCGUUAUUUUAAAACAUCACGUAAUCCAUUGGUUUAUCAUCUAUUACCAUAUAGUAUUGCUCAAAUGGAUGUGGCCGUAAAUCUAGUAAAAUCGGAACGUGAUUAUGCAUUAGUAUCGGAUAAUGUGCGAUUAGAUUUAAUUGCCGCUAAUGAUUGUGAUCUUCAUGUGAUUACAGCCAGAACGGAAAAUGUUAAAAGUUUUGGUUACGAUUUUCAGCUUGAAUAUGCCAUUGCAUUGGCACAUAAUUCAUCGUUUUUUGGUUAUUUCGAAAAAUCAUUAGAAUAUCUUGAUGAAACUGGCAGAUUAGAAUCGAUUAUUGAUCAACAUUGGUAUAAUCAAUGUGAACAACGUGAACAACAAAUAAUGCAAGCACAACAUCAAAAUGAUUUUCCUGAUCUCAAUGACCAUUUUUCAAGUAAUAAUAUGACUGAUUUUCAAGAAAAUUCAUCAUUAUCAUCGACAUUUUCCUUUGUGAACUUAUCCUGUUUCAUCAUCUAUACAAUAAUGAUCAGUUUUUGACGAAGGGUAAUAAUUUUUUCAAUCAAUUAAAAAAAAAAUUUUGUUUUUCUCACAUAACAACAACAUCAUUGGCUAUCAACUGACUAUCAAUAACGACGAAAUUUUGGAAUCGGAAUUGUGAAUGUGGAAUUGGCAAAAAAUAAAAUCACUCUGUGUGUGUGUGUGUGUUUUAAA